UUUUUUUUUUUUUGCAUUUUAAGUAAUGAAAACAGGUCAUGUUAGUUUUCCCUUACACUAAUGAGCUAGGAAUUUAUCUGUAAAAGUUAACCUUCUGGGCAAACUUACCUUAUGAAGAGGGCUCUGAUAUUUAUUCAGCCAGCUUGCCUGAAGGGCCCUUUCAACCAUCCCUAAGGGAGAGUAUUUUCCAGGGUUUUAUUAAGACUCUAAUGGUUAUAAAUGAAAUAUCUUAAGAUUUUUCACUUCUGGGAUUGUUAAGCAGUCUGGAAUAGCUAUUUUGUAGAAAAAUCUUCAACCAAAAUAAAAUUGUAAAAAAAAAAAUAGGCCUUUAUACAAGCUUUAGCCAGAAAUCUGGGAUUAUUUUUACAAGCACUUUAGUAAUGUUAUAAUUGAGACCUAAGUUUUGAUAGAGCCAAAAUUUUUGUUUUAGAUAUAUUAAAUACAUUUUAACUCCAUUAUAAUAUUUGGGUAAUUUUCUUGUUGUUGAACAAGUCAAAUUAUACAUAACAUGGGAGUUAUUGUUUGCUUUGUACCAGAGCAACCUGUGGUAUAAAUGGAAUUUUACUAAGUUGGUGGUUAAUCUUAGAUACCACUUUUGUUUAUUUUGCCUUUUAUAAAUAAUUUAAUUCAAAUUAUCAAAAGCUUCUAGUAGAUACACAUUGUAAACAUUUAUUGCACAAACAUCAAUGCUGUCACUCACUGUCAGAGGCGUUGGGGACACAGUGGUAAGACCUGGUUCAUAUUUCUCUUACAGCGUCUAUAUGAGGAUUCUCCAAAGACUCAGAACCAAUAGGAUGUGUUUGUAUAUAGAGAGAUGAGAAAGGGUUUAUUAAAGAAAUUGGCUCAAUUAUCGAGACUGAGAAAUCCCACGCCUGGCUAUCUGCAAGCUGGCGAACCAGAGAAACUGGCAGCAUGGCUCAGUCCAAGUGUGAAGGCCUCACAACCAGACAUGCACCUGGCCCAAGAGCUUGGGAGAAGUUGCCGAAGGGCCUGGCAGGAGCUUCAGGAGCUGGGAGCCCAUGUGCAGCCCGUGCCACCAGCUGAGUCAGCAGGGCACAGCAACGGGACCCUCGCCAAAUGCUGUUCCCUUGAUCUUGGACUCCCCGGCCUCUGUAAUGCGAAUGCAGCCUACGCGACCCACCGGUUCUAUCCUGCUGACAUGGAUUGUGUUGUGGGAAGAACGUUGACUGGCAGCAGUGUUUGCAGUAACAAUGAAAUCAAACAAUACGAUGAAUUUAGAUGUGGAGUGAAUGAAGUGUCCGGCCUUCAUCAGAUACUCAAGAAAUUCGGACGGAGCAGAUGUCCUUGCACGUAAUUCACACCUUAAGCCCAAAUAUAAUGCAGUGAGUUUUUAUUUGGUUUCAAAGCAUCAAUGUGUGUUCUUCUCCUGCACGCUCCUUAACAAAUGUUACGGCUCUAAAUUUCUAGGCGACUGUUUGCUAAUGAAUUGUUUCUAUACCACAUCAUCCUGAGGCCAAAAGGCGAGUUCAGGAAGAUCUCUGUUCAUAGCUCUAAGGUAGCAGAGCCAGCCUGGGAGCAACUUGAAGAUGAGAACUGUCUCGUGCCUUUGUUGCCCCAACACUGGGCACAGUAAUUGCUCCAAAAAGGGGAAUGAGUGAAUAGACAGAUGCCUUAAAAAGCUCCUGGGCAUCCAGGAGUGUAACUGCUUAGCAUGUGCAAUGGGUUCGUGGAUUUUGUCUUUAAAAGUAAGCUUCAAGUUAAGUGAACAAUAAAACUUGUGUAGACAAAUUAACAAGGAUGAUGUUGAAAUGAAAAUGGCAAUCAUCAGGUAAUACGUUUUGUGACUUUAUUCACUUACGGAAGGUAGACAUUCUCUAUGGGGGGUUUCUCCUCAUUUGAUGGGAUCACGUCUGAUACGCAGGCAGAUAAGUUGGUGCAUUUAUUUUCUUUCCUGUAAAAAGUUCUUUGACUUUUGCUGAUAGUUUUCAAGAAGGUAUUUUCCAUGAAACCACAUGAAAAGAAAAACAGAACCACGUCUCCCUGAGGAGCUGACACAUCCCCUGUGGAUUCCCUGCCCCAGCUUCCCCCAUGCCCCCGGCUCUCAUGAGCCUCUGUCCUUCCUGUUGAAACACAGAGCAGCUGGGACCGUGUUUCCAGAUGUUCGGGAGCAUCUGGGCUGGGCUGGGCUGGGGGGGCGGGCUCCCUGCAUGCCUGGGGACGCUGCCCACUGAGCUGUUCUGUGCUUCCAGGCAAGGACAGUCUUAGAAUGUCCAUCCAUGGUGACCCACAGCUCCUGCUCCUUCCAAGGUGAAGGCGAAUCCACACACCUCAUAGGCUCCUUCAUUUAAUAGCUUUUCAAAUGACUAAGAAUGUGCCAGAAGCUCCACAAGUCAGUGGAGACUCAGCCGUGCACAGGACAGAACCCUGCCCUUGGGGAAUCUGUGCCAAGCAGGGCAGAACAGACCUGAGCCGGUAGGUCUAAGUGCUCAGGGGCCAGGUGCAUUAUCGCUGCCUGCCCUCUAGCCUGUGCUGACGUCUGAAGAGGGCAACCUGCUGGUGGAGGUGAGGUCUGUGCCUGACACCUCCAUGGUCCAGAAUGUGUGAUUUCUGGGAGGCAGCCACACUGGAGGGGACAGCCUUCUAAUCCAUCACCCCUUAAUUGGCUUUGGAAUGUAUACCCUUACUUAGUGGAAGAUUUAGUUCCUCAACUGUGUUUUCUAGGUUAACUCUAAGCCAGCUGGGCACAAGAGGAUGCUGACCUGGAGCAGCCGGGAACCAAGGGGGGUGAAACUCAUCCAGGAAUAUGCAGGAGCUGAAGCGCUUUCCUGGGCUCCCCCUGCCCAGGGCCUGUGUGCAUUUCAACGCAUAUUUCCUCAGGCCUUAAGAAUGCCACCACAGCAGCCAUGCAGCCAUAGAACUGGCGGCUUGGGACAGAGGCCUUUGGGAGAAGCCACGGCUGCCGGGCGGCUUCUCAGGACACAGGUCCUGCUCUGGGUGGGGCAGAGCUCUCUGGUACGUGGGAGUGGUGGGUGGCUGUGUGAAAGGUUGCUCAGGGGACGUGGAUUACGGCCUCCACUGUCCUGUGUCCUCACACCACCACUGCACCCAUCCAGCCCACUGAUGACUGGCCGGAGGUUGUGAGGCAGCCCCGGCCGCCCUCCUCACAUGCCUGGGCAACUGGCACAGCUGCAGACAUUCAGCCAAGGCAGCUCCACCUGGACCAUCUCUGCACAUCCACCUGUGUCCUGUACAGGGGGCAGGCUUCUUGGAUUUAAAUUCCUGUUCCAGCUAGUAGGCAAAAGAGGAAGAGAAGAGCAGCUAUUGGGGGCCUGAGUGCAGUAGGAAAAAAAAUAGAGAGACUUUAGGUCAAGGCCAGGCCCGUUUGUGCUCCUGGGCUGGGGAGGGGUGUGGAGAAAAAAUUCACUGAAAACAGGAUGAGGGACUCAUGGCUCUCGAGCUCCCAUCAGACAUGUUUUUGUAACACCUCUCAAAGGGACAAGGAUAACAUUAAACUACGUUAUGCUUAGUAAAUUCUUGAUUUUAUUUAUUUGUUAUUUUUUAGAGACAGAGUCUCACUUUGUCACCUAGGCUGGA